UAUGGUACCCACAUCGAAGUACUUCCGUUGAUAUGCUACUCUGUUCACGUACACUGUUUAUAGUUAUAAUAUAAUAAUAUUGAUAAAUAUACAACCGUCAGAAGAAAUAAAUUCAAAAUUCUUACACCAUUAGGUGUUCUUUUGUUGCAGAGGGGUAGAAAUCAAGAGAAAGAUGGUACAUUGUUCACAAUGCAUGACCUAGUGCAUGAUCUCGCAAAAGAGAUCCUGUCCCAUCAACUAAACACUGGAGGAAAUAAGUGCCGCUAUGCAUUGCUCACAGAUUGUAGCAAGUCAUUGCAGUUGUUCGUGAAUUUUCCUGCAAAUAUAAAGGCGCUACGUUUUCAGGACUGUGGCGGACAAGAACUUUGUGGUAGUGCAUUUUCGUCAGCGAAGUGCCUCUCUGUCUUGGAUUUAAGUGAAUGCUUUAUUAAUGAGCUGCCUGAUUGUAUUGGUCAGUUGAAGCAACUACGGUUUCUUCGUGCUCCAGACAUACGUUUGGAGAUUCCCAAUUGUAUCACUGAGCUCUCAGAAUUAAAUUACCUCAACCUUAGAGGCUCUUCUGAAAUCUCAGCGCUGCCGGUGUCAAUUGGUGAUAUGAAAGGUUUGAUGCAUCUUGAUUUAUCAGGUUGCAAUAGAAUAAGUAAACUCCCAAUAUCAUUUUCAGAGCUCAAGCAGCUGGUGCAUCUGGAUUUAUCAAAUUGCAAUAUGUUUUUGGCAGAAACUUUGGGUGGUUGCACCAAACUUCAGUAUCUGAAUUUAUCAGUUCUAAAUUCUACGGGCCAUAAGCGCAUCACAGGGCUGCCAGAGGUCAUUGGCAAUCUAAUUAAACUUAGGUAUUUAAAUCUAUCGCGGUGCGUGGACCUCAUGGGGCCUUGGCCUCCUGAGGCGGAGGAAAUUCACAAGUUGCUUUGUUCUAUCAGUACCCUUUCAAACCUAGAGCAUCUGGACUUGUCCAGAAAUAAUCAGAUUUCCAGUAUACCAGAAAGUAUUGGAAAGCUCACGAAGCUUCAUACAUUGGACCUCUCAAUCUGCUGUAACAUAAAGAAGCUUCCUGAUAGUAUCUUCAAAAUGGUUCGUCUGAAGGUUCUGUCAUGGAUAUAUUGGCCUAAUAGAUUGUCUGAAUCCGCGCUCCCUCGGUUUAAUUUUGUAUCAUUGCCUCACUUUGAGGUGCAGUCUUCAAAUGAUAAAUGUAGCAGUAAUAUCAGCCUGCUACAGCCUACAAAUCCUGAUCAGCUGGACAUAGGUAAACUUGAAAAUGUGAAGUCUGCAGAAGAGGCAACAAGUGUAAAACUCAUAGACAAACAAGCAAUCAGGACUCUAAAAUUUCAAUGGACCCUAGGUGCUGAGAGGUUUGUUGAUGACAAGGUUGUGUUGGAAAAGCUAGUGCCACCAAGCAGUGUAGAGAUAUUGACUAUAGUUGGUUACAGGAGUCACAACAUUCCUGAUUGGUUUAUGGGUAUUAGGCAGUAUCUCCCUAAUCUUUUGGCGUUAACUCUAUGUGAUUUUCCUAACUGCAAUAACCUACUACCACCACUUGGUCUACUACCAAACUUACUAAACCUGAUUCUCGACCGUAUGGAGGGCUUGGAAGAGUGGAACACAACACAUUACAGUGGCAAGGAAGGUUCAAAUGAACCCAUGUUUCCUAAGCUUGAAGAAUUGAAGAUAAAGCAAUGCCCCAAGCUAAGGAUAAGUCUGCCUAGAGCUAGACGCUUGUGGAUACAAGAUUCUGAUAAUAUUCUAUCAUCAUGGGGAGAGGGCUCAACACAUAUCGGUGAUUCCUUCUCUUCUCUAAUGCAUAUCAUCAAGGGGAGAGAACUGCUUGUUUCUGGCAGCAAGGUGCCCAUGCAUCAAUGGAGGUUGCUUUACCACCUCCCUGCCUUCCGUACUUUAAAGAUCAUGGAUUGCACUGAUUUGAGCACCUCACCUGACAUGACCCAACACCUCUCCUCCAUUGACUUACAAUGCCUCAGAUUAUCGUCACUCGACCAGGCAGAACUCCCUAAUUGGUUGGCUAAGCUGACUUCACUACAUGAACUAACUCUGGAUAGGUGCGAAAGCAUGACAUCACUACCGCAGUGGUUAGGAGAAGUUACCUCUUUGAAGAAAAUGGAGGUCAUAUUCUGCCCCAAAUUAGAGAAGUGGUUGAAAUCAAAGGAGAACAAGAGGUUUAUUGCUCACAUAGACAUUACGGUCACGAGAUCACCAUAUCAAUUAUUAUUUUUGGGGGAAGCUUCAGACGAGUCAAAUGAAGAGGACAUAGCAGAGACCAAUGAGGAGACAACCUACAGCCUACAUACUGCAACCGGUUCACAGAGGCCAAUAGAUGACGGUGUCAGCAACCCGAGCUCCCCGCCACCCACCCGGAUGGCGGACACAAUUCCGCAGUCCCGAGCUGCCGCCCUUACCCCGGAGACGCCGCGCCAUCUGCAUCCCUCCCCUGCGGCGCACAACACGAUGCCGUCUACAAAUAUCGCAGCCACCAUGGUGGCACCCAUCAGUGACGACGAUGCCGACAACAUGUCCAUCAUCUGCAUCGGCGACGAUGACAAACUGACUGUCAGCGCGACGGCCAGGCCUGCCCGCCCCACUCCAUGCACCCCGCUCGGCCUCCUUAUGGUAUCGCCCCUAGCCACUUCCCUGGUCGGCGACGGAGCUGAAGGCGUCCUCCCCAGGCCAGGCUACACCCUCACUAACGCCACCUACAACGCCGAUGACGAAGGGCCCCAGCUGGACUCUUCCUCCGGCAGCUGGGCCAGCUUGCAGCGGGCAAGGAAGGGGAAGGGAAAGCAGAGUGAUACGGAUCUCGUCGACCCCGUGGACGUGCCGAUCAUCAGCAAGAAGAUGAGGAGCCUGCUAGAGCUGCAAGAGUUGGAUGUAGAGGCAGGAAGCACGGGGACCGCAGUCAGUGCAAGUUCUCCAGCCGUGUUGAGCUUGGGUCUCAAUGCCGCGGUCAGCGCAAGUGUGAAGCCCCGUUGCUACCGGAGAUCACCGGAGCGCGAGCAGGAGGAUGAUGCCGCUUGUGGAGAGCGGCCACCGGAGCAAACAAAGGAUCCAGAAAAGAGGAACAACAGCGGGACAGAGGAAGAAGGAGACAGGUUCAGUUUCAGAUUUCUGUUGGAUGCCUUCCUUGCUGUGGUUGCUUGCUUUUGUAGUCCCCAAAGCAGACACUAGCCCAAGUCCACCUGACCACAGCCCAUGACAACCCAGCCCAUGACCGGGGGUGUGGCUCCAUGUACUACGACAGCAAGUUCUUCAACAAGCAUGUCUCGAAAAAAAAAAUCUUCAACAAGCAAGCUAGGGCCUUGAGUGUUCCUUGAGACUUUGUUUGUUCCUUUCGCGGGCUUAUUGUGCUGUUGGGUUGCCCCCAGCUAGUACUAUCUAUUUCUUCUUGUCUUUUUCUUGUUGAACCUUCUGUUUACCUAUGGACCUCCAUUUCGAUGUGAAUGUAUCAUGUUGUGGCUUUAUUUAUAAAGCGGGGCGAGAAGUCUUUUUCGGUAGGUCCUUGUGUGUAGGUUUGAAUCCUGUGGUCUUGCUAGGGCCGUUUUCUGCAUGGUUGCCGUCUCUUGCACUGUUCCCAUAGUCGUCGGGGCCUCAGGGCCCUGCCACACUUUGUAUCUUCUCAUUUGUUCUCCAACCUUGUCUCAAAAAAAAAAAAAUCCUUCGGCAGCCGUUCUACCGCAUUUGCAUGGCAUUCUGUUCAAUUGUUUUUUUUUUCUUGAGUUAAUUGCAGAAAACCACCACAUUUGGGGUUAGGUUUGCAGAAAACUACCUAGUCCCUAAUUUUUUUGCAAAAGCCACCGCAUUUCUAGUUAACUUUUUGCAGAAAGCACCGAUCGGGUGAUUUGUUGUGUUUGAUCACUUUCUGUCAAGUAGGGCCGGAUUGUAAGAAGCUGGUUUGGCAAAACAUAGACAUACACCCCCUAGAUUUCACAAGGACACCCUUAUUCAAAAAAUAAAAAAGCAAGCAUGUAUGUCUAUUUUUCAUAACCGAAUAAGGCCUUGAGAAUUUCGUGUGUACUCUGUUGCCGGAUAUAAACCGCAGAUAAAUGUCUUCGACGCCUGGGUAGGUAGAAUAGCUUUUUGAUGGACCAAUCCAAACGUGCCAACCCAUAUAAAGAUUCCAAAUGUGCCAGACUAACAGAAUAAUCAUGUCUCAUAAAAAGAUUCAUCUGCCGGAGGCUGUCAUUCAUGUGCCAGU